GCUUCCCAAAGACGGACAAGAAGAAAGCCCUUCUAAUUUGGGUUCAUUGCUCUGCAAAUGCGGCUCGUCCAGAUCAUCUCCGUUGCAGGAGCUCGUAGGACACAGCUAGAGGAGGAGGCUGUAAAACCUCCUCGGAGCUGCCACGUCGUGUCCCUGGGGGUGGGACGGCAGCAGCCGCCGGGAAGGUGGGUGGCUCAUCCCGAGCACCGCAGCGGCAUCGCGCCGGGGGGACCCGUGGCCCCGGGAGGCACCGACGGCUCGCACGUCUGAAAGAAGAGCUGCAAGGAGCAACCUGUCCUCUCCUGUGCCCUUCUGACCCCCAGCCAUGGCAUCGCCCAUGAAGAACUUGCUCACAGACCCCGCCAGGUACCUCCAGGCUUUCCGCCUCUUCCUCGCGAAGUCAACGGAGCACCAGAGCAUGCAGGAGUUUGUGGAGAGGCAACUGCCGGCCGUGAUAGACAGUAUUGGAAAUGGGAAGUCUACAAUCAAUAUUCUAAGCAUUGGUGGUGGAUCAGGUGAGAUUGACCUGCUGAUCAUCUCAAAGGUACAAGCCAGAUAUCCAGGGGUCACCAUCAACAACGAAGUGGUAGAGCCAAGUGCUGACCAAAUCUCCAAGUACAAAGAGCGUGUGGCUAAGACAUCAAACCUCGAGAACGUAAAGUUUACCUGGCAUGAAGAGACAGCUUAUGAAUUUGAAAGUCGAAUGAAUGCAGAAAAGAAGCCUAAAAAAUGGGACUUCAUUCACAUGAUCCAGAUGCUCUAUUAUGUGAAGGACAUCCCAGCGACUGUGCGGUAUUUCCACAGCCUCCUGGAAACACAGGCGAAGCUCCUUAUCAUCCUGGUGUCAGGAACCAGUGGCUGGGAAACGCUGUGGAAGAAGUACGGGUCUUCUUUCCCCUUGGGUGAUCUCUGCUGUUAUGUUUCCUCUGCUGAUAUGAAAAAGAUACUGGAUUCAGUCGGGCUGAAGUACCAGCUCCACGAUGUCCCUUCCCACAUGGACAUAACGAGCUGCUUUAUUGAAGGGGACAAGGAUGGGGAGCUGUUGCUGGAUUUCCUGACAGAAACUUACAAGUUUUCUAAAACCGCUCCUCCUGAAUUAAAGCGUCAGGUAAUGGAAGAGUUAAGAAAGCCUCAAUGCAGUGAAGAAAGAGAUGGGAAAGUUGUUUUUAAUAACAACCUGGGUGUACUAGUGGUUGAGCCAUGAGUUUACUUCUUGCUUCUUGAUCGAAAGGAGAUAGAUACAAACGGUUAACAGCUGAAAUAAGGUUUUCAUACUUUAUAAAUGGCUUAGUUUACUUCAGUACUGAAUGUAAUUUUUGGAGUCUGUUAACAAAUCAGAAUUAGUAUCUGUUGUUAUAAGUGAGGUUUAAUACCCAGUAAGUUCUGUACUAUCCUAUGAAUGUAUAACUCUCUAAGCAGUUAAUAGUACUUUAUCAUAUGAAUGUUGUAUAAUCAGAUGUUACUCAGACCACCUACUCAGACAUUCCAGAAACCAGACCAUUUCCUACGAAAAGAGCUAUUUGUGGCUUCAUCAUCUUCAUUUAAAAACUCUUUGCAGACCUAACAAACAUAUUCCAGCUUCUCAGUGCAGCUGGCAAGAGUGGAGGCUCAGAAUGACAACCCAUUUGGGUGGCUGCUCAAUGGGAUCUCUUGAGCUUGCUGUGACUUCAAGAUCUCAUACCUCCAGUUACCAUAAAAGUGUCCUCACGUGUGAUGGUUGCCUGUUCUGGCCUCCACAGACAACUCCAUUUAGUGGCAUUGCUCCCCUCUCCAUGUAUUUCCACUUCAUGUUGAUGAUGUUGCACCUGCAGGGCAAUUUGUGGACAGGUCCGUACUGGCACUGCAAGAGCGAAGGGAUUGAAGAUGGUGGAGGCAUGGCAGUGGUAACAAGUGGCCUGGAGAGGUGGAUUUCACUGAUGAGCCCUGAUGCAAAGCCUUUGUCAGGAAUCACCUAUGGCUGUCAUACAGGGCUUUUGGGUGUUUUCAGCUAAACACACAAACCUCCUGGUCGCAGCCUUUCACCAUGCCCUGGCAGCAAGGGCCAUGCAUAGCUUGUGAGCUUCAUAACACAGAAGAUGUAAAAACGAACUCUGAUGUCAAGCUGAUGGGCUUCUGUGGGAUUUGUUUAAUUUGCAAUGGGGUCAUGUCAGGUAAAUCUGUCGAAUAUAUAGUAUGGGAUGUUCAGCAAGGAGGUACUUCACUCCCUUGAUCCCUUCUCCGUGUGGGGCUGUCUCUACUCUGGGAGUUGAUGCAUUUGUUUUGCUACAUGAUUUUACGGUUUUAAGAAGUAUUAAUAAUAAUACUAUAUGGUGGAAUACAAUAUAGUCACUUGAAUGCAUUUAAUAGUAUGAAUACUCGGUUUAUCUGGUGAGACAGGUGGGAUUUCUGCCAUUGAAGUAAUUUGAUUCAGUGUUGAAAUAGUUUACUAAUAGUUUACUUUUAAUAGUUUACUUUAAAAAUUGCUUUAGCUGCAAGAAAUUAUGUUUUAUUUUUGCAUAUACAUUUCUGAUACAAUGUAGAUUAUUAAAGAUUUGAAGUGAUUUACAAGAGACCGUA